GCUCCAGCAAUCGACGACGGUCAUGGUCAACCGGCAAGCGCUGCUCAGGGCUGCACAAACCCUCAACGUGGAUCUAGCCUGCGUUGGCAUGGGUCUGCUACAUUCGGUGACUGGAGUGGCCCUCUUGGACCUCGCCGACGUGUACAACACGGACGUGAAGAAUGUCGCCCAGCUGGCAACCACGCGAGGUGUCGGCAUCCUGGUUGGAUCAUUCCUGGGUGGCCGCCUGUACGACCGGUACAACACUCAGGUGCUGAGCGUCAUCAUGAUGCUGCUGGCGUCCCUCAGCGUGCUCCUGACGCCGCUGUGCGUGCACAUCUGGUACGCCCACGCUGCCUCGGUGCUGGCUGGCGUCUCGUCUGGAGCCAUGGACACCGGUGCUAAUAUCUGGCUGAUCAACCUGUGGCCUUCCAAUUGCGGUCCAGCGCUCCAGAUCUACCAUUUCGCCUUUGGCGUCGGUGCCUUUAUAGCGCCCUUCAUCACGGAACCGUUCCUCUCAACAACCAACGCAUCCGCCCUCUUUUCUGCGAACACAACCUUACAGAACUCCACAAACUUUCAGGGCGGAAUUGACGCUAUACUACUGAAUUCGGACGGGACAGUGUUUGAUGUCCUUAAUGAUACCAACGCCACAUCAUUCGCACCAUCACAGCUGCGGUACGCGUUCGGCAUUGUCUCCGGUUUCAACGCGCUUGUAGCACUGCUCAUGUUCCUGGUCUUCCUCGUCGACAAGUCCGAUAGCAAGCCUCCUGUGCCCAGUGCCGGGGGUGACGCAGGUUGCCAGGGCAACGGUGGCUGGUUUCCUACUGCCCUCCUGUUGCUGCUCGGUGCCUACAUCUUGGUCUACCUCGGACUAGAGUGCUCCUACGGUCAGAUGCUUCCGACCUUCGCGGUUCAGAGCACUCUCCACCUAAACAAAUCGCAGGCGGCCUACCUGACGUCGUUGUUCUUCCUGACCUUUACGGUCGCGAGGGUGGCGUCUGCCUUCUGGGCCAUGGUGGCGACUCCCUUCAGCAUCCUGCUCACCUGUCAGUGCUGCCUCCUCGCCACUUUCGGGGCCCUGGUCUUCUUCGGGUCCAGUUCAUCUAUGGUCCUCUGGUGUCUGACAGGCGCCGCGGGAGUGUCUCUGGCAGCCGUCUUUGCCACUGCGGUCUCUUGGUCGGUGAAGUAUCUGGUGAUGACCAACCAAAUGAUGUCGGUGAUCACGGUCGCCGCUUCUUUCGGGACCAUGAUUUCCCCGGUCGUCGUGGGUUUAUUUAUCGAGAAAGACGCCAUGGUGUUGAUGUACGUCUGUUUUGUGGCAACAGUAAUAAUGGCGCUGCUGUUUGUGGCUAUGCAUCUUUUGACUAGAGGUAAAGCUGAAAGAGUGCCGAGUGAAAAACCUGUUCAAAACAACCUCGACGCCUGACGUCUGCAACUUUGCUUGCAGCCAUGUCACUGAAGAUUCGUGCCAUACGUUCAUGCGGCACGAAGGGGAUAUGAUACAGACGCCAAAUCGCGCCAAACUGCGCAUUAUUGCACACAAUGUAUUGCGCUAUUUUUUAUUUAUUGAAAUAAAUAAAAAAGAGAUUGACAAUGCCAGCAUGCUGAUCGACAUACUGGCAUACGACCAGACACCUAACUUGCAUGGCAACCAAGUGUUGCCAUCCACCAGUAAAAGCAUCCCCUUUACUAUUAUUUAUGCCAUGGUGUCGCUACUUAGCUGCUCAUCUCGGACACACCAAGUGGUAAUGCGCCAAGAGAUGGAGAAUGCUAAUUUUUUGUUGUGC